CAGUAAGCAUGCCUUCUUUUCUAUCUUUCCUUUUAUUUUUGCUUAUUCUUUUGCUGUUAAAUGGUACAGUACAGUCUAAUGAUUGUAGUACUGAAGGAUUUAUGGAACUAAGUUUACUGGAGGCUAAAACUGGCAGUACUAACAACAAUGGACAAACUACUGCAGGACUAGCAGAAUCAAUAAAAACAAAAUGGAUCAUCACUGAAGGAAAUAAGCAGUUUAGUGAGGAUUGUACUUCUACACUGACUGAAGUAUUAGUUGGAGUUGACAUUAGAACUGUAACUGAGGACAGGAAUCAAUAUCCUAGAAUAGAAAUAUGGAGGGAAAUAUCUCAUAACUAUAAAGACCCAGUAUCUGCUGAACUUAGAUUAUCUCCACACAGUUUCACUACUAAUGGACUGUAUCGUUACACAUUACCUACUCCUUUACCUUUUGUGGAUGCAUUUAAUAGAGGCUACAGAUUAGGAGUAUUCCAACCUCCUGAUGAUAGAAGUGUCAUUAGAUUUUAUAAAGUAACUGGUACUGGUCAAAUUGGAAGAGUAGCUGAUAUUAGAGAUGAUAGGGUUGACAAAGAUCCUGAAGAUCAUGAAAUAAUAUUACAAAACUCAAAUAUCCUAAUACAUCCAAUUACAAGUAACAGGUGCAGUUAUCCUCCAAUUGAAAGUUCAUUUAAUACAAACAGUCUAUCAGUUACUAAUGUAAUACCAGUCAGUGAUACAAGAGCUUUUCCUGAUAUACAGUUCACAUGUAAUGGUAUUAUUACUAACUGGAUAAUUGGUAUUACACAGAAUCAGGAUACAAGCAAACAUUAUCCUAACAUUUAUUUAAAACGUUCUUCUCAACUGAUUCAUGCACUAACUGUUGAUGCUUCUGCUGCUACAUCAAGUAAUGGUAAUGUAUAUAACUUUACAAGUGAUAUUGAAGUAGAGUAUGGAGAUAUGUUAGUAAUCAAUGUAACCACUAAUAGUAAUCCAAUGUAUUAUCAACAAUACAAUGGGCCAUUGAAUUAUGAGCUUGAUAGCAGUAAUGGAUUAAUACCAUUGGAACAUAAUGACUAUCCACUGAUAUCAGUUGUAGUAGGUAAAUUUUAUUAUACUGAAUGUAUCUGA